AUUGUCCCGCCCUCUUUUUUCCCUGCGCAUCUUUAUUAGCCUCAAGGAACUAAAACCUCUGUGUUUCUGCAGCUUUAUGGACAGAGACAAGAUCGGCGACAUCCAGAGCACCUGGGUGGACAUGCACCAGCUCCUCGGUGACCUCAUGCUGCCCGUCAGUGACCCCAAAAGUCUCCCGGGUGUCACCAACACCGGGGGCGUUUCAGCAGAAGCCCAGAAGAAGAAUGUCGCCGGAAGAGAAGAUCACGACUGCACGUGCCCAGGCUGCCCCUCCUCCACCUCUUCCUUCGAGGUGUUAAAACCGAGAGCUGCCCCGGCUCACUCGCCCUCAGCGGCCGGCGCCAGCACCGGGGCGAAGCAGCGCGUGACCCACGAGGCCACCAGCACCUGUGAGUCAGAGCGCAGGAUGCAAACGCAGGGAGACAACUCGGGCGUGACUCAGUCCAGCGGGGAGCCUUCAGCCCGAGCGUCCUCUUUUAACCCCUUCGUGUUUCCAUGUCCGUGUGUGUACCGUUCCUGUGGGUCGAUGCUGAGUCAGGCUGAGGGCGGCAAGUCCGAGCUCUCCCACACCCAUCACCACUUCCACCACCACCACUGCCCCAUGACCUCGUGCCUGCCCUGCCCACAGCUGCUCCCAUCUCAGCCGCGGUUCUCCCUCCCGUGCUUCACGUGCCCGCCAUCCUUCCCGCCGUGCUCACACCGCCGACAGCCGGAGGAGCCGCCUGCUGCGUCCCAGCCGCACCUCUGCAUGCACUGCGCCGCCUCUUUCUCCAGACCCUCCCAGCUGCUGCAGCACCAGCUCAGCCAGCACGCCGGCAAGCCCUGCGGCUUCCUCUGCUCUCACUGCGGCAGGACCUUCAACUCCCACAGCAACCUCCGCAUCCACCUCAACGUCCAUACCGGCGCUCGCCCCUACACCUGCUCCGAGUGCGGCAAGAGCUUCAGCCAGUCUGGUGCUCUGAAGAUCCACAGACGCAUCCACACCGGCGAGAGGCCGUACACCUGCGGCUUCUGUGGGAAGGGCUUCCCGCAUCUGGCCGGCUUCAGGGCUCACCAGAGGACGCACACGGGGGAGAAACCCUACAGCUGCACCCACUGUGGGAAGUGCUUCACUCAGUCUGGAGCCUUGAAGAUCCACACCCGCAUCCACACUGGCGAGAGACCGUUCGUGUGCGGCAUCUGCGAUAAAGGAUUCUCCAACAGAUCUGGGAUCAGCUUUCACUACCGCACUGUGCACGGGCUGGUUCCAGAGGACAGAGGAGGUGCUGGACGCCCGCUCACCGUCCGUACGCCCAGUGUAGGUUUGAAUCUGGCACCAGCUCAGCAACCUUCUGGUGCGCUGAAGGGAGGCGAUGGGGAGGACGGGGUCCCAGACCAGCUACCCUACACCUGUGAGGACUGUGGCCUCGGGUUCAAAGAUGCUCCUUCCAGGAACAGACACCAAACCCUGGCGCACUACUCCUCAGAGGGGGAGGCUGGCGGAGACACCGAGCAACCCAAGUGAGGAGCUGAGUUUGUGUCUAUAGGCGUGUUGUCUAGUGCCCAGCCUCUGCCAAUGGAGACCUCUGUCACUGAAAACAUUUCAAAACCAAUCUGCUUUACAUUAUGACCACCUGCUGAGACCAUUUGUUUUUAAAAUUGUGUCAACAUUCUAUUUAAUCUGUUUCUAACAUUACUCAUAUAUUUGUUUUGCUCAUUUCAACAGUCAAUCAUCAUGAUUUGCUUCACUUUUAUGGAGCACUUUGCUUGGUGUCUGUUUUGGCUGAGAAGAAUUUUGUCAAAUUCUUUGUUGAUGGACGUAAAAUAUUUAAUUAGCUGAUCUGUAUUUUGUAAAAAUGUACAUUGUGUAUGAAGAAAAAGGUUUGUGUGCCAUCAGAAAAUAAACUCUUGUUUCUUGAGGUGAGGAAUAUGCAACUUUUUAAAACCCUUUUUUCACCGUUCAGAGAAGCGACGUCAGUCUCCAGCAGCUGAUGCCGCGCAUGCAGUUAAAUGAGCCGACAACGCCCCAACUUGCCUCACAUUCUUCCAUCUUGUCACGUGACAGGUGCCUUUCAAAUUUAAAAUAUCGUGUGAAACUUUCAUCGUUCCCGUUUUUUUUUAUAGUUUCGGGUCAAAAACGGCAGGGUUUUUUUUUUAAAUAGACUUUUCAACGUCUCCCCCUAGCGGUGAAAUAAAUCGUAACAACGCUUUCAUUUUUGAAAUUAUUUAACAAAAUGAAUAUCAAAGUGCAACAUGUGAUUAAAGGGAUAUUUCCAGACCCACGUCUGUAUAAACGAUGUCGUUUCACUUCCACCCAGCCACACGUCUGUUUUCAACAGAGUCUCCAACAGCUGCCACUUCACUGAACAAGUGUCUUGGUUGCUGGAGGCCAGUGAGCUCCAGCCUUCACAGAUGCUUCUGCGUCACAGCGU